GACCAGCUUGGAAGCUUAGGGGAGCUGCUGUGGCCCAGGGCUCAGUGGGGAGGAAGAGGAGGCCAGGAGUCUUGGACUAGCUGCAAGGUUUGAGCUAGGCUGAAGCAGCAGAACCACAGAGGUGACUGAGCAGGGGCCCGGCCCUGGGACCCAGCCAUCCACACGCACACAUCCACUUCUCCCUCCAGAGCCCGGCCCUGAAGCAGGUCUCUGCUCCAGGCCUUUCCUUAGUUGGGGAAUCGAGAGUUGGGGGAUCAAAGCCCCCCCACAUCUCCCUCCCCCGCUGCAGCUAUGUUUAUCAAGGUGAUGUUUGGGGGUAAGUGGGGUCCCCAGUCGUGGCAGGCGGAUGGGGGAUGAGCACACUCAGAGGCGUGCUUCCUUCCGCUCUUGCGGAGGGUGGGGAGGCAAUGGCGGGAAAGAGGGAGGUGGUGCAGAUGGCGGGGGUCGGGGAAGCGGCUCUGUGAGGAGGCAAAGCCAGCACCUGGAGCGAGACCCUUAAAGGGAAAACCCGAGCUGAGUCCUGCUCAUUCACGAGGGCUCCUCUCGGCCAGAGACCGCCGCAUUACCCUGGAGCAGGUUUUUAAACCGCACAAUCUCUUCGCCAUUCAAUCCGUGAUCCUCAAGCUUCAGCGUGCAUCAAGACACCUGAAACUCUAGCCACAGUUGCAGGUUCCCCGUCCCUCUGGCUGGAGGCAGAGGGACGGCCCUGUGCGGUAGCGGAAGGGAAGAGGGGAGCCGAUGGGUGCGGAGGGCGGGGACUGGCUGGGUCCCAUGGGGGCGGGGCCCGGGAGGAGGCUGGGCUGGCGUGCACUUCAUGUUUUGCAGGACUCAAAAGACCAACACUUGGGAGUCACCACACAUGGGAGAAAAGUCACCACACAUGGGAGAUGGAUGGAGGGUUCUCCAAGGCAGUUUAAGCAACAGAUGUAGGAGCUGUUAUGCUUGGGGCACAGUCCUAGCCCCAUAGGCCCAGUCGCAGCUCUGGAAAAGGGAGAGAUGGGAGGGAGAGACAGAGGACCCCAGAUUUGGAGGAAGGUAAGAGAUCCCACAUGCUCACCUUUGCCCCUCCCCCACAGCUGGCUGCUCCAUGCUGGUGAACACCUCUUGCAGGCUGGUGAACCUCACCGCCCACCUGAGGCAGAAAGCAGGGUUGCCCCCAGAUGGUGAGGAGACAGGGAGGAGAAGGAGGGGCUGAGGGGUCCCAGGCAGGGGUGCCAGCCCUGCCCAGCCUCUUUCCAUGUCCUCCCAGCGACCAUUGCUCUCCUGGCUGAGGACGGCAACCUAGUGAGCCUGGAGGAGGACCUGAAGGAAGGGGCUUCCCGGGCCCAAACCAUGGGCAACUCCCUGCUGAAGGAGCGAGCCAUAUAUGUCCUCGUUCGGAUCAUCAGUAAGGUGGCCCAAGGUUCUCUCCCCUGCAGCUAUGAAUAGGGAGAGGACAUGGCCUCUACCCGCUAUGAGUCCCUACUGGAGAACCUGGAUGACCAUUACCCAGAGCUGGCAGAGGAACUGUGCAGGCUGUCAGGCCUCUCCUCUGCAGGCCACAACUGGAGGAAGCGUGUGGGCACUCGGCGUGGCCGCCAUGAGCAAAGCCCCACUUCAAGGCCCAGAAAGGCCCAGGGACCUGGCACACUACUGCCAACUAGCCAAGUUGGACUCAGACCCAAGGAGGUUAGCCAUGACCUCUGCCUUGUGUGAUCAGGUGCAAACAGACAACCCAGCAGGACUCCUCUUGCAGAAUCUGGAAUUGCUGAGAAGUUGCAUCAGCAAGAGGGGCAAGGUCAGACAGGAUUUGAGGCCGCCGGGGACACCUAAGCUAUGGGUGCAGAGAAUGGGAUGCAGAGGCAAAGACAAGAAGGGUAGAGGUGGCAGGUAUCCCUGAUAAGGGGGAGACCAUGGGUUCAUCCUGGGAUUCCACCCUCAGAGUCAGAUGCCCUUGGGAUCACCUACUAAUGCCUCUCCACCACACUCUGGACUGCCCAAGGCAUCUGUCCUGUGCUACUCACAGUGCAGAUUGCAACAGGGCUCCUCCUCCCCACCCAGGGCCCUGAUUAAGGGGAUGGAUUGCACACUGUAGUGAGACAUCCAUCCUGACCCCACCUCAUCAGCCAGGGAGCUCCCUGAAGACAGGCCAUCGAGAGAGGCACACAACAGGCUGUGGUCUAAAAUAAACUUUUAAUUGCA